AUGGGGCCAUCCAAAAGAGAAAAGGAAGAGCAGAGCGUGAUCCUGAUCAGCGAUGACGAAGCCGAGAGCACGCUUGGGAAUUCGGUUCUGUUGGUGGACCCGUUGGGUGAGUGCUGUGCUCUUGUUGAGAAGAAAUCUGAAGAAGUUGUGGACGAGGAAUGUGAACUCAUGGUUACUUUCUGUAAACAAGCGAAAGUGAUGCCCCAUGCAAGAUACGACUGUACAAUACACCCGUUUGAGCGAACGGAAUGUGAUACGUGCUCACCCCUGGGAAAAAAUGCUGAUAUUUGUAAUGAGUGCUACUGCUACAUUUGUGAUAAACUAGCUUCUGAGUGCCAGAAUUGGACAACUCCUUCCCUCUGUCACUGCAAUGCACACAACAAAAGCAAGUUCUGGAAGGACCAGCGUGACUUUGCCCUGGCUGGUGUUCUUGUCAUGUUCAACUUGGAGCUCACGGAUAUAGACGCAGACCUUCGGCACGGUGGAAGUCUUCUAAUAAAAUUUAUCCAGGAACUUUCUGUGGAGUAUAAUAAGUAUCUGAUUGGAGAAAGAAUGCCUCCCACACAACACGAAUGCUUUUGCCUCCCGAAAUUGCCUCCUGGGCAGUGCAACAUCUGCAGAUCACGCAACAUGGAGGUUGUAUACAAGUAUUCUGGAGUUUUUGCGCUGGUAACAAGAUUUUUAAAUCAGGCAGAAAGAGAGAGUCCUAAAGCUGCUGCUGUCAUGUUUCUGGGAGCAGCUAAAGAGAUAGCACUUCAUAAAGACCCUGCUUUAAACUGGCAGAACCUCGGUCACGCUGCUUCACUGAAGAUUGCUGUCCCUUCUCUGUUGCAAAGGAUCACAACACAACUUCAGAGGAUGCUGGUGUUGUGUGACUUUCCAAAAAGUUUGUAUGAAAAGUUUGUUAACUUCUUUCAGUCCAUCUCACUCCCAUGUCACUGUUUUGGCUUCUCAAAUAGCUUGAACGUUGUGCCGUGGGACCAUGUGUUACUGACGACAGUUUUAAAAGGUCAGAACAUCACUGGUCAAAGAACACAGAAAGGAAGAAAAGUAUUUCUGUGGGAAACACUCCCUGUUAUAGAUGCUCGAGUGGAGAAGCUGAUAGACAAAAAUAACUAUAAAGAAGUUGUUCGCUACCUGAGAGCUGUGAAAUGCAACGAUACCAAAGGGUUAAGAGACCUUCGAGACAAAAUCCCGUUCUACUUGUGUAAAACGGGCGAUUUCCUCGAUGCCGCGCACUCGCUGCUGUUCCCCGUCAACAGCCUGGCGUGCUGCACCGCCUGCCGGAUAACGCCUUUCCAGUUCGAGGUCUACCUGAAGAUGUUCAGGACAGGCAGUGUCCCUGCUGGAAAGGAUAUGCUAGACCCUGGGCCCUGGAUUACAGUUGGGGCUCCCUUGAAAGAUGGUGUCCUCAUUAAGCAGGCACUCAAACUCCUUUACACCAAUGUGUCACUAUACAGGAAUCCUAAAUGCUGGAGUUCCCUCAUCAUGAUCUUGGGCAGUAGCAAUUUGCUGGAAAAAAGUGGGCACCUACAUCCCCUGUCCCUGAAGGAGCCACCACUUGACUUCCAACAGGGGGUGGUUGCUGCCAGUGGUGGCCUUUUGGAGGAACUGAAGGCAAAAAUCAACGUUUCUUUGCCACCUGCUAUUUUCUCUCCUCACUUGCACCAUGAGGCUUGUCUUAUUCUCGCAGUGCAAGCAGUACAACAGAUGCUUUUUUGUGAUCUUCCAUACUUGACCUCCUUCCUAGAGAUAGCCCUGGCGUUUGGGAAUAACUUCUGGGCUCUGAGGCUGUUAUUAGACCAUCUUUCCUAUGAAGAACAAGUUCUCCAUGGCACUGUCAACCUCAUUUUGAGAGAUCUAAAUCGUCAGAAAGCAACAAUGCUAAAACUGUGGCAAAACCUUGGUCCCCAGUACGUGGGUGAAUUCCUCUGCCUGUUCCUGACGUGCAGACAUAAGAAGAUGCAGUCCAUUGGCCUGUUCACUCUGAAUAUUAUUACAGAGAACCUGCAUAU